CCCGUGUGCAGAUGGCGGGUGUCGCAGCCGCGUCCUUCUUCUCGAACGCGUGUCGUUUCGGUGGCUGCGGGCUGCACUUCGACUCUCUGUCCGAACUCAUCGCUCACAUCGAGGACAACCACAUCGAAGACUUCGCCACCGAGCGAUCCAGCAGCCGUCUCUCAGCUUGCCACCCAGCUCAUCGGAGAGCUCGCUGCGGCGUUACAAGGUCUGCGAGGCAACGCUGCGGCUCCGAACCCUCCGGCACCGGCGCCCCUUCCGCCGGCCGAUCCAAUCACGACUCCAGCUGUCACCAGCCUGCGGCCCACGUUUCCGGAAAAGUUUAACGGAGAUCCUGUAAAAUGCGGAGGUUUCUUAAUGCAGUGCAGUGCCAGCUCUUUGUGGUGCAACAACCGUCCCUAUAUCCGACCGCCGCUAGCCGCGUAGCGUUUGUGUGCACGCUCCUCACCGGGAAAGCGCUGGAGUGGGCCACGGCGGUUUGGCGAGAGGAUGGCUCCGCCUUCCCCACGUUUGAACACUUCCUCUCCCAAUUCCGCGCUGUCUUCGAGCACUCCGCCACGGGCGAAAGCGCAGAGGAGCGUUUGUUGGCCGUAUCUCAGGGCGAUCGUCCCGCCGCUGAGUACGCGCUGACAUUCCGUACGCUCGCCGCCGAGACAGGUUGGGAGGAGCGACCCCUGACGGUGAUCUACCGCAAAGGGCUGUAUCCAGAUCUACAAGCCGAGCUCACCUGCCGUGAUGAAGGGAGAGAUUUGAUGGAGUUCAUUGACCUGUCCAUCUGCAUUGACAAUUUGAUGCGGACACGUCGACCUCCUACGCACGCCAUCCAAGACGUCCACGAGACCCUUCGCACAGCCCGACCGGCGGAUCCCGAGCCGAUGCAGCUCGAAGCCACGCACCUCAUGCCUGAGGAGGAAGCAAAACGCUUCCGCUUCCAACUCUGCCUCUAUUGCGGAGAAGCCGGACACAGACUGGCCGCCUGCCCCAACAAGCCGCCCGGCAGACAGAACACAUCGUGGAGGCGGUAGACGGCAGGCCGCUCGGUGAGGGCCACAUCACUCACAUCUCCAGGAGUCUCUGGCUGCAGGUGGGCCCUCACCACCAAGAAUACCUGCCUUUCCACAUCAUCCGCUCCCCGGGUCACAUCCUCAUCCUA